AUGGGACUUGAAAAAUUAUUGAGACAAUAUAGUGUAUGGCAAACAUUAUUAACUGUGAAUAGUGUAACUCCUUCAAAUGAAGAUCAAAAUAAUAGUGGGGUUGAUAUAAAUAAUACAGAACAAUGGAAACUUCUUUUUCGUGUCAAUAGUCAUGAUUAUAAUCCUCAUUCUAAUUAUUGUAUUCAAGAUUUAAAUAUUCUUCAGAUUGAAAAUUAA